CGACACGUCAUGCAGUACUCGGGCCUGCUUCUGUUGAUCGGCGCGGCGGUGGCGGCGGCCGAUCCGCCGGUCCAGCCGUGGCUGGAUGCCUACGACGGCCAGCACCAGGCCGGCAACAUGAUCACCUACCACGACAGCGCCAGCAGCCUCGGCCACUGGAACGACCUCAUGCGCUCCGCCUGCCUCAACGGAUUCUGGGUGUUCUUCGAGCACGACCAGUUCAACUACCAGGCGGGUCGCGUCAUCUGGUCUUACGGCUUCAACUACUGCUUCACCUUCAAGGCAGACUUCGACAAGCAGGUGUCGAGCGUGCGCCGGAUCGGCGACUUCUACGACGCCGGGGCCGACUCGCUCAGCCUGUAUGAGGGCACCUACUACUCCGGCAACCACGUGUUCACCGAGUCCUACCUGACGUCGAUCGGCACGACGUACGGCUACAGCUCCGUGCUGGUGACUGGUCCGGACGCCUGGACCAUCUACACCGGCGACAACUACACCGGCCAGAGGGUGUGCCUGUACUCGGGCAGCGACACCGCCGUCUCGCCCAGCGGCCAGAAGAUCGAGUGGGGCCUCUUCCCGACGGCCGACUACCUCGGCGUCGUGGGCAGCAACAUCCGCUCCGCCCGCAAGGGCUGCUACUCCAGCACCAAGCUGCGCGGCCUGCCGCUGACGGCCGCCAACCACCUCUCCAACUUCGUCGUGGUGGAGGAGGAGGCCAAGAGCAGCGGAAGCGGCGGCGCCGGCGGCAACUGAGCUCGCGCUCGCUCGCGCUCGCUCGCGGCGCUCGCCCACUCUCGUGUUAAAGCGUAGCUGGUGCAAGAGAAUAGAUGCGUAUGGUUUGUAUAGCAAUAUAUUUGUACUAAUAUAACGCGUCGCUGGCCGACGUCACAUGAGAUCGUUGUAAUCACCGCACAGACCAUCAGGCACCAAGCGCAGCGUCAUGGGUCCACGAAUUUACACCGCGAUGUACUUUCCUUCUCCGGCCGUUCAGAAUGCCAGUCCAUCUCUCCCCACGCCCGCCUGCCCCGAGAUCCCGGCAGCGCGGGGAAGUGACGUCACCACCCAGGACAGCGACGUCACUCAGUCGCGAGCCAGCCUCCGGGGUUACAGCUACCGGGACUCC